AUGGGUCAAGUGAUAAAUGAAAUUAGUGAAUAUUUUGAGAGAAAGAAGGAAAUUAAGGAAAUUGUAAAUAGUUAUCCAUCUGAAAAGGUAUAUUUAUUGGAUAGAGAUAGUUUAUUAAUUGAGGAACAAGAUAAAAAGAUUAGAAUUUUAGGAUGCACCCUGUGGUCUAAUGUUCCUUCGAGAUAUGAAAGAGACAUUUCAAGUGCUAUUAAUGAUUAUAAGGUUAUUAAUAUUAAGGAUGGUGAUAAAGCACCUCGAGUUCUCACAGUUGAAGAUACCAAUAGAUUCCACAAGGAAGAUGUGGAAUGGAUAAAAUCUCAGUUGGAAAUGACUAAGGAGAACAAUGAAAUAGCUGUAGUAUUGACACAUCAUGCUCCCCUCACACAAGGGACAUCUCAUCCAAAGCAUGAUUCAUCCAUUUAUAGCUAUGCCUUUUCAACUCAUUUGGAAUCAAUAAUUAAGGAAAAUCCUCAAAUUAGGGUUUGGGGAUAUGGACAUUCACAUUACACUAAUUCAAUUCAAUGUCAUCUAACACAGGUAGUUAGUAAUCAACUUGGAUAUCGUGUAGAGUUGGAUAAUGUGAAUGGAUUUGAUCCGGAUUUUUCCAUAGAUAUCUAA